AUGAGAACUAACGUCGUGCAGGAUUUCGAAUAUUUUCCAAGCAUAUCCGAGUGCAGAUUGCAGGACCAGGACUACGGUGCUGAUUGCUUCACUUGGCAAAAGUACAUUUGUACGAAAAACACCACUAGCACCAUCAGCGCAGAUCAAGGUGGCGCUCUCCUACCUCCGCGACCCGAAUCGUUGAACUCUCACAUCACAAAUCCAACCAGACAAGGAGCACAGACAUGGGGUUGCUCGCUUUUUGACUUACACAAUCAGACAUCAUCGCAGUUGUAUAAAGAGACAUACCCGAACGAAAGUGUACCUGCAAAUGGAAAUGAGAGUGCCUUCUCGGGCUGGGCAUACCCGCCCUGGGAGGGCCUGCCAGCUGCAUGCUUCGCCCAAAAUGCGCAAUGGGGACGUGUGUGGAUGCUGGGCGCCGGGCAACGAUAUACACAGCAGCAAGUCAAUUUGAGCGAUGCGACCACGAUUGACUUGGAAGCGACACCCAACAAGGACGAAGAAGGGAAUGGGCAGCAGGAUCACGGCGACGACGCGGACGUCUCGCUCUCCGCAGGGCACAGAAGCAGUCAAGCUUACAGCCCAACACCAUCAGUAGAGAAGGAGGUUGAACUUGACCAGCGAGCUGCUGCGAAGAAAGUAGACAAAGACAUCUCUACAGCCGGUACAGCAGGGCUGUCAGCCAUCAGCCAAGGGCCCAGCCGCCAGCGCAAGAAGCUCACAGUAGAGCAGAAGCGCAGCAACCAUAUACGAUACGAGAAAAGGCGGCGCGCUCUUAUACGGGAUCGUUUUACUGCGCUGGCAGAGCUUCUCCCAGGGUUGGACGGGGAAAACUGCUCAAAGUCUAGGACUUUGUUCAGCGCAGUCGAGCAGUUACAGGUUCUGCUGGAGAAGAACAAGUUGCUGCAAGAGCAGGUAGAUAUGCUGAAGCGCGAUAAAUGA